CGGGCCGUGAUGUCACUCGGAGACGGCGAGUCAGCCACGAUCCCGGCGGCCAUAGCGACGACGCUCCCUGCAGUGUCGGGCGGGGGGGCUGACAAAGGGGCUCCGCACAGGCAGCCGGCGAGCCAGGACCCGGCGGGCCCCGAGGGAAUUGCCAAAAUGCGUUGGAAUUCUUAAAUGACUCAAAACCAGAAAUCUGUUUGGGAUACAAAAUCAUAAGAGCAGAAGAAGCAGAAGGAAGGAUUCGGUGCCAAUGCAGCAACAAAAAAGACAGCCAGAGUUAGUGGAAGGAAAUCUUCCUGUUUUUGUGUUUCCUACGGAGCUUAUAUUUUAUGCAGAUGACCAGUCAACACACAAACAGGUGUUGACUCUAUAUAACCCCUAUGAGUUUGCCUUAAAAUUCAAAGUUCUUUGUACAACUCCAAAUAAAUAUGUUGUUGUCGAUGCUGCAGGUGCAGUGAAGCCUCAGUGUUGUGUUGAUAUUGUGAUUCGUCACAGAGACGUUCGGGCUUGUCACUAUGGUGUGAUAGACAAAUUCCGUCUCCAAGUGUCUGAGCAAAGCCAGAGGAAAGCAUUAGGGCGAAAAGAAGUCAUUGCUACACUACUUCCAUCUGCAAAAGAGCAACAGCAAAAGGAAGAAGAGGAAAAAAGAAUAAAAGAACAUCUGGCUGAAAGUGUCUUUUUUGAGCAGACUUUGUGUCAACCAGAAAACAGAUCUGCCUCAUCGGGACCUAGUUUACUAACGGUAUUCCUAGGAAUAGUAUGCAUUGGAGCACUAAUGCUACCGACACUGGGGGAAGUGGAAUCCGUGGUGCCUCUCUACCUCCAUUUAAGUGUGAAUCAAAAGCUAGUAGCUGCUUAUGUUUUAGGAGUCACAAGAGAAGGAGCCAGCUAGUACACCGAUAAAUGGCAAGGUUAAACCGUGUAUGCAAGUCCAACAUGAAGUGCAGGUGACACACCCUGACUUAAAAGAAAUGAGCAGAAAAUAAGUGAAUCUUUAACUUCAUUAUAUUCAAGAGAGAUUCCUGAGGGUUGUACAGUCCACAUAUAUAACUCCAAUAUUGAAAACAAGACAUCAGGAAAUUAGCAGGUACUUUGGCAUUAGUUGAGGGGAGAUUUACAGAAACCGUUUGAAGGGAAUGUGGUGGCAGCAAGAGAUAAGCAGGAUUUUAUGUGAGCAGAUGGAUAGAUUCAGAAAGGCAAUAUAGUAUUAGAAGUACCCGAGAAGCCCAUCUGGAAUAGUGUGUAUAGGGCACAAGGGAUCCUUCCUGGCUGGCAGAGAGAUCUGGACCUUCCCUUUGUUUUAGUGUGCUAUGUUCUAGUAAUCCAGGCUCAGUGAAGAGCCAAGAAAAACAGAGAAUCAAACCCUGCUUGAUGUAAUUUAACUUCAAAACAGGACAACUGGGCCCGUAAACUUCGUUUCAUGAGGAGUGAAUCAGAGCAUGUAGACUCAUCCCUGCCAUUUAGAAUCUCUAACAGUUGAGUAGCGGUCACUGCAUCAGAGCACCUUUGAGUAGCAGGGUCACAGUUCUGGAGGGAAUUGUAGGAGACAAUGUAUUGGUAGCAAUCAGUGUAGAAUCACAGUGGGAGUCACCCCAUAGUUCACUUUAAUCACAUUUCAGUUAGUCACCAACCCUGUGUGAAAUCACUUUAUUUAAGAAAAUGGGGGCGUGCAUUUCCUGAUGCAGAGUAGGUGGAAACGAGCUUUUCAAUUCAAAAUGGAGCUGAGAAAAGAAGGGAAUAUGUAGGGCAUUUAACACCCAGAAAUGCAACUUGAGAAAGUGAAUACACCCCCCGAAAAAGUGUUUGUGCCAUUUCCCAUUCCUAGUUCCUGACGCAAACCAGACAGCCUUCUCUUCUGGAAACAGAUAAAUGCUUUGAUCACAGAGCUAGAACUGCUUUAAAUGUUUAUUAGUAGAGACUGAAUCACCCUGUUCUUUCAGCACCUGCUAUACGAAUAUAACUCUCUCACACAAUUGUAAGUGAACAAUCUUAUUGGGUACUAAGUGAUGAAAUACCUUUAUCAAUGUUGUCAUCACUUAAUACCUGAUAUGGUUGUUAAUUUACCACUGGCUGUAAGAUCUGCAUUACGUGCUUGUGUCUAAUCUGGAUCAGUGCUCUGGAUCAGGAAAUGCUUGCAAGCCCCCAUUUUCUCUAAAAGUGAAUCAUAAAAUGCGUACGCCUACAAUAGAGAAAGUGUAGAUACAGUCAGUUAACCAAUGUUCCACCCUCAGUAAAUCAAUGUAAGUUCCACAGUUUGCCUAUUGAACACUUAGAACACAACUUGUGAUACUGGAACAGAUUGCCAGGCCAUCUUAGCCCUGUAUCCUGCCUCUAGAAAUAGCUCAUCCCUUGUGUUUCAGAAAAAAACUUCCCACUUGCUCCAUAUACUAACCCCAUGAAUCUGUUUAUUCAGCAAGAACAUUUAUUAUGUACAAUGAACUAAAUAAUAAUAAUAAAUAAAACAAAAAGCUACCAGGAAUCCCAAGAGCAUCAAAAUGAUGCUAUCUUGACAUUAGCUGCUGGCAUGAGUUAGUGUAUGAUUGUAGAUAUUUAGUAACAGCUCUCCAGAAACAAAUGCAAUUUAUCUGAGUUGGUGGGUGAGAAGGCCCAAAUUUUAUAACAGCUGUUCACAAUACACACACACAACCUACAGGUUCAUAAAAAAACUCAACAGCUCUAAUGUAGUUCAACAGUUCUUAUCCUCGACUGUGCAUUUAGAAAUGAAUUAGGAGGACAAAAUAUCCAAAAAAUGGAAGAGAUGUACCCAAACACCAACUACUAAACACACUGCAUUGCCCAUGUUAAUGGCUUCCUACCUGCCAGUCAUCCCGCCAUUCAGGAUGGUAACUGCUUAGCUUAGAAUUUGGUAGCAGAAGUUUUACAUACCUAAAAAACCUUUGAAAUAAUUGACUUACUUCCAGAAGUCCUCUCUGUCUCUGGAUUCCCAGCCAGAACAUCAGCCACCUGGUAUUCAGCAACAGGUAACUGCCAUACAUUAACUACGCAAACACCAGCACAUCAUUCACUAAAACGUUAUCACAGAACAGGUCCCAGGGAAAAUGACCUUCGCAUAACAUGUGUGACCAUCCUUCUGAAAGGGAAGAACAAAGCCAUCUCUUGCUCAGAAAGGUACUUAAAGGUCAUAUUUGUUUCCUCAACUAAAUCAAGAGUUAGUCUAGGUGCAGUCUACAUUUCAGCGCACAGCUUUCUGGCUUGUUACAUGUAACCUAAUGAGAAAUGCAGAGUGGCAUCAUUGUGAAGGCCGUAGUGUUGAAUGAGGCAAAGUCCUUUUACUUGCUCUCUGUAGUAAGGACAUUUUACACCUUUGGGGGUUUAGUGCCUUAAGCUGUAGUUUUAUCUCUUUCAUGCCAAUUCCCAUCUCCCCCCACCUUUGAACCCUCUCCAGAAAUAAAGGCUUUAAAGAAGAACAUCUAUAUAUGGCCUUAGUAAUAAGAAACUUAUCCACAAACAAAGGUAGCUUAGCUGAAAGCAUAUCCAGUGUCCAGCUAACACCCCUCACCCCCCCAAACCCCAAAAACCCACACACCACACUGGCACAAAUCUAAGACAAAAAUGUAACAAGUCUGGAGAUCAAUGGUUAAAGAAUGCAGCCAGUUCCCCACUGUCAUCUAAUGACCCUUUACCAUGCACUCGCACCUCAUCCAGUAUGCACCUAGGCCCCUUGUUUUGUUCUGUAAUGGAAGUGUGCUGCUGGAGGUAUACUGCUGACCUGAAUAUAUUGCUUAUUAAGUGCACAGUAGACAUUUUAAAAGGAGCAGAGUUUCCAGGGGGCAUUAAGGUAUGUCAGAGUUCUGUAAGUUCUAGUGUGAAGUGUGGACUCAAGUAUUUGUAUGACUAGAAAUGGGACAAACGAUCUAUCUGGGGUUAUAAAAUGUGUUGAUUAUAUGGUGGUGUAGGGCAUGUGGCACUAGGCCUUCCCUGUAUGUAUUUUAAUGACAUUUUUUCACAAAUAUCAGUUUUUGGUAGUAAUUCAUGUUGUAACAUGUUAGUGUAUUGACAUGGCUCCCUGGAAUAGGAAAUGCCUGUAUCAUCUCCAAGGCUGAACACUCAGUGUCUCCAGGAAGCAUGUUUGUCUGGUUCUCCAGAGUGAGCAGUUCAGACCCCAUUAACUGAGCAAACAGAGCACUUGAACCAUGGACCCAGUGUAUAAAAGACCUCUUGUCCCAGUCCAAAACAAAUCAGGGAAGUUGUACCACAAAGGAGACAGGUUAAGUUUCUUAGGGCUUUUGUGAUGCAUCAUAAACAAUGGAAUUGCUGAACAGACAUGGAGUUGAGGCAUGUGGUACAGAAGUCUGUGCCAAAUGUGACUACUGACAACACUGGCAGUGAUGUUGCACACUCUUUGGGGAUUAGUAAAGAAAGAUUUUCUAGUUCUAUACACACACACACACACACACACACAAUGGGGGCACAGAGAAAAUCCAUCAGAGGGUCACAAGCAUACAAGAUAGGACAUGAACAUGGAUGCUGAAGUUGCAUAUAGGUAGCACUUGUGAUGGGAAUAACUAUGGCCAAGAAGGGAAAGUAUCAAGGAAAUUCCAUAGGAAUUACUAGUCUGUCUUUUCUAAACCAUAACACCAUAUCCUGAACAGAGCCCCCUGCUGUUAACUCAUUUGCUGCUGACUCAAAACAAGAAAUUGUAAUUAAUGAAAACCAUGACUUUAGAAGUACUAUCAGGUACUGAUGACCUCUUUCAUAUGGAAGGGAAAAGGCUAACCGAAUAGCAGGACUGCUUUGCUGUGCUACGGUAAUGGACUAUAAAUACAGAAAUAAUAAGUAACUGCAGUCAUUCUGAGUGACAUUGCUCUUAUGCUUAAGAGGGAGGAGAUAGAGGCAGAAGCAAACAAGACCAGUGCUUCAGAAAUGCUGUUGCAGAAGAAAUGUAAUCAAAGGCAUCUUAAAUUGUCAGUGUUUCCCGUUUUACACAAACGAUUAGACAAAGAAGUAACAAAUAGAGAAUUAACAUACUGUACUUGGGUGCAUUUUUUCCACUCAGGGAACUAUAGAUACAGCCAGUAGCUUAUCAGGCAAAAUUAAGGCAUCAGCACUGGGUGUCAUUCAAGAAACAAGUAAACAGCAUCCUUUGGAAAGCCAAAUUCUACAGUGGGGCACUAGAAUCUCAAGAGUCCAUCCUCACAAAACAAAUUAACUCCUUCACCUCAGGAACCUGCCAAUGGUCCACAGUACAACCUCCACUGCUGGCACUUGGAACCAUUCAAAUGAAAGGAUUCUUGUCAUUAAAAUAAAUUACAAUGGAAACUGCAGUGAUGACAAGUGUUAGAGCCUGGAUGGGCUCAGUUACCCUUACUGAUUCUCCCAGCAUGGUGCAUGGUUCCUGGUACUAUUUAUAAUGCAAAAAAGCCACACAAGCACUGGUAUUACCUGAGUAUAGAUGCUAUGUGAGGCUUGCGUAUGUAAAGUUACACCAGGUGACAAUUUCAGGAUUAGCAUAAUAUUUUUCAAGGACCAUAAUGAACACAUUUCAAUAAACUUAAGCAACUGAAAGUUCAGACAGGUUCAGAGAUCACAGAUCAAAAUAAUACAUAGGUUUCAUAAUACAAGAGGCUGAUUCUAUGUAUAAUGUGUGAAGAGACAUCAAAUCCACAAGGGGAGAGAGUAAUAAUUAAUCAGGGCCUACAUUACAUACAAUGGAUUUUUUUUUUUUUAAUUUAACACAGCCUUGUGAGAGAGAAGCUUAUAUGAUGUCAACCAGGAAAAUACUCAGCAACUUUUAUAGUACUAUGCAUCUUUGAAGUAAAUAUUAGCUAAUGAAUCCUCAUAAUACGGUUAUGAGGCAGUUAAAUAUCAUCCACAUUUUAUGGAGGCACAGAAAGGGGAUGCUAACUCAGGCAUGCCAGGCUCCCAGCUCAAUACUCAGGAAUUCCAUGCUGCACAGAAGCAGAUCAGUCUGAUAGGCCCCUUGAUAGGCACAGGUGAUUACUGUGGAGAUGAUUUUUUUUUAAA